AUGAAGAGUUUAAUUGUCUUCACUCAGCGCAAUGAUACAUUCUACAUUGACUACGACGUCGAAUUUGCAGACUAUAUAAUUAAAAGAGCCAAAAGUGGAGGCCUUGUCGAGGAAGAUUCUGAUAUCACACAGCUGGAUGCAAAUCUUGUGAUGCAGCUGUUUUCUCCAUUGGUUUUGUCUCAGUUGCUCUUAAUAGACCAGACUAAAGAGCCAUGUUCAACAGUUCAGUGCUUAAGUGGCUUUAUCUUUGCUUUCAGACAUACAGAUGAUCUGCUCUACAUUGCUGUGAAUGGGGAUGGAACAGAAUCUGAAAAAUUCCUUCAUAGAAAGAUUCAAGUUUUUAUGACUGUCCUGAGGUUCAUGUUUGGUCCUGCAGGUGAAGAGAUGACAAUAUCAAAUUCUUCCAACAAGAAAGAGAAGUGGACAUUUCUUCGUCAGUUUAUGCAGAGCUGGUCAGAGUUGGUACAUUCAGAGCAAGCUUUUCUUGUUGAGGCCAUUGAGAGGGUGCAUGUGAACCAGAUGGUGAAUGAGAAAUGCAUGGAUGUUCUACUGAAGUCAGUCAAGCAGUUCCAGUUUACUAGAGAGCAGCCAGUCCAUCAUGCCUUGCUUCUUGUGAAUAGUAAACUCUUGGCUUUAUAUUCAAACCGUAGUGCCCAUGAGCUUCAGCCUAAGGAUAUACUGAUGGCCAUGAUUUUGUCAAAAACUCUCUACCCUCAAGAAGAUAAACUGGAAGAUCUGUUUUCAAAAUUUUACAUUACUGAUAAGUCUCAGCUGGAGGCUGCAAGUGCAGCAGAUGACAUCAGUGAUGCUGGAGAUGAUGAGUACCACAGUGCUCCAAAUACACCGAGAAGUCAUAGAUCAAAGUCACCAACCACCUCACAUAAAUCAGAAACUGUCGAAGGUUUGACUUUAUCUGACGAAGAUUCUCAAGUUGAAAAAUCUGGAGACCAUCUGACAUUGUUGGACAUGUUCAUGAAAAAAUGCCCAGAUGUUGUGUUGCAAUCUGCUACAGUUGAGAAAGUUACAGAAAAAGAACAGUUGAGUCAGGUAAUAAAUAAAAAUUCUCAUGCAGUCAGUGUUGAAGCCAUUGUUCAUCAAGCUCCUGAUUUGAGCGGUAGACAAGUGCUACAUGAAGCAUCAGAUGGCCACAGCUCUGAUGAAGGACCUGUUUCUACCAGUCAAGAGAAUGUAAAGGCAUUUGAUUUCAAUGAUAGCAUGAUAAAAGGAAAACCUGAAAUUACUGAUGAUGAACGCAAGCAGAGGAAUGUCUCAAGUUCAGUCUCGGUUAAAAAAGACAGUGAGGAUCAAGUGAGCACUUUGGCUACUGGGGAUAAUGAAAAUUUGGGGUCUGAUUUAUCAGGUAGUUUACCACCAGCUGUUGAGCUUGAAAGCUCACUCAAGCACCAAGACAACACAGAUGUACCAGUCACCCCUAGUGCUGCAGUCUCUGAUGCCCAGUUAUCAUCUGCAGAUCAACAGUGUAAUGUUGCUUUGAAAUCAACAGGCAUAUCAUUGCUGCAUCACAUACAGAGACAAAUCAUUGCUGCAUCACAUACAGAGACAUAUCCUUGUUGCACCACAAACAGAGGCAUGUCAUUUAACUUACCUGUCAAAGCUAAAGCAACAGCAGAGUCAUCCAGCGUGACUCCUGAAACAAGCAGCAGUGCUUCAGCAGUCAGUAGCACUGAUGGCAUUUAUCUACCCCAGAUGGUGUUUCUAGAAACGCCAACCUGUCUCUACUCACCUUACAGCUUACAUGCCAUCCAGAUCGCUCCAGGACUCACAUUUCUCUUGCUGUCACAGGCACCAAGAUACUUAUUAGCUGAUUCCCUCUACCAAGUUAUCCAGACCAUGCAAGAUGUACUUCAUGGCAGACGCUCCAAACUUCCUAGAAGUCGCAGCAUUUAUGUGUACGAAACAAUCCAUACUCAGCUAGGAAAGAUUUAUAACGUCUUGAAAAAAGUCAAGGGGAGAGUCAAAAAUCUGAUCUAUGAUGUGCUGGUACGAUGGGAGAAGGAUGAUCUCAAGCAGAAGAUGCUUGAUUUUCUGGAGAGAGAUACUUCGUUUCGAAUACCACCAGAGUUAGAAUCACCACUGGUAGAGUUUUACAAGAAGCUGCGUGAAUUGUUUUCUCACCUGUUUCUGUUAUCUGUGCCAUAUUCACCCCAGCUGUUGGAGCUCUUGACUCUGAUCAGGGAUCGCUUGAGGUCUGAACUGCUGGACUAUCGAGAAUAUUUGAAUGUUAAAGCGCAGCGAAACAUAACUAUGACAUCAUACAUUGAUGAGUUUCCUGGACUUAUUCACUUUGUGUUUAUUGACCGACAUUUCCAUCAGAUGACUGCGCCGUCCAUGAACAUUUCUCUGAGAGAAGGGGAACACAUGGAUGCUACAAGUUACUUGAAAGAGAAGAUCUGGACGAUGUACCAGCUGAUGAUGAGUAAGUUAACCGAGGGAUACACAACCGUCAUGAUGAGAGAUGGGGAUUUCUACUUCUCAUAUUUUUUGUGGUUUGAAGAUCAGACUGGCAACCCACUUCCUGUGCAAGAAAGUUACAAGCCUUCACGGAAACAGCCAUAUCCUGGAAUUCUUUGUGGAUCAUUUUACAA